UUCAAAAUGGAUUCAGCACGUGGGGACGAUUCCAGGCCAACUUCUUUGCAUAUUUGCUCUUUUGCGGGAUGUUCUAAAACUUUUAAACGACCAGGCAGAUUGAAAAUUCAUUUAAGGUCACACACUGGAGAGAAGCCAUUUUUGUGUGAAGAAGGAGACUGCAUGAAACAAUAUGCCCGGGCCUCACAUUUGAAGAGACAUGUUGAGAAAUGUCACCAGAAACAGGAAACCAGAGUCAGAUGUGAAGAGGCUGACUGCGGCCAGUAUUUUUACUCAAUCACAGCACUCAAAAAACACAUUGUGAGGAUUCACAAAAUGAGACCAUACAAGUGUUUAUAUGCUGGAUGUGGAAAAGCAUUUCAAAAGCACCAGCAUCUGAAAGUCCAUGAAUUUGAGCACACUCAUAUCAAUCCAUUUAUGUGCCCAGUGGAGGGUUGUGGAAUGAGCUUCCGUUUUCCAAAUGUAUUAAAAAGACACAGCAAAGUCCAUGAUGGAUAUUCCUGUGAUGUGGAGGGAUGCAGUGAAGUUUUUAAGACAUGGACUCUCUUACAGAAACACAAGCUGCUCCAGCACGGUAAAGUUUUUACAUGUAAGGAAUGUGACCUUACGUUCACGAAGUUGUACCGUUAUCAUCACCACAUGAGGAUUCAUUCGUCAGAGCGCCCCCUAUUUAUCUGUCCCCACGAUGGAUGCCAGAGGUCCUAUCUGGAUAAGAGAAAUCUCACCAGUCAUAUUCGCUCCUUCCAUGAUGGACUGACAUACACCUGUGACCAAUGCCAGAAACAGUUUUCUGCCAAGCAAAAAUUGAAUCAACACAAGAAAACUCAUGACCCAUCUUAUCAAAAGCCAAAGCCCAAACCCAGAUUAAACACACACAGAAAGAAAUCUACCCUAGAGAAACUGACAGGACAUCGGAGAGAGGAUAACGAGGUGCCUAGUGAUGUGGUGAUGGUAGACACGGACGAUGUGAUGGUGGAGGGUAACGCAGUGAGCACAAAUGACUCUAAUAAGGCAUGCUGUUCCGUUGAUCAGUCCAAGAAUCUCCAGCAACACAAGGGUCAUCAUACCUGUUCAUCACUUAAUGACCAACAAAAGACAGAAGAUACAGUUGGGGUGGAGAUACAGACAAUUGGUAGCCCCUGUGAUAGAGAUUCGGGUCUUAUUGCUACAGCAAGUUCCCCCUUUGAGAGUGACACGAAUCUUAUUGCUACAAUUAGUAGCCCCUCUGAUAGUGACGCUGUUCUUAUUACUACAGUUAGUAGCCCUUUUGAAAGUGACCCGGGUCUUAUUGUGACAGCUAGUAGCCUCUCUGAUAGUGACUCAGGACUAAUUGCUACAGUUAGUAGCCCCUCUGAUAGUGACUCAGGACUAAUUGCUACAGUUAAUAGCCCCUCUGAUAGUGACUCAGGACUAAUUGCUACAGUUAGUAGCCCCUCUGAUAGUGACCCGGGUCUUUCCACCUCACUGAUGUCUUCUGGUUCUGUGGAUGAAGAGACAAGUUCCGGUAAAUCAGGCUCUAUACCCAGCAGUGUGGUCUGUACUACACAAGGAGAUCAUCAGGAGCAACACAAGUGCAGAUAGGUUGCACGACUUUUUCAUAAGUUAAUUCUUUGUUUAGAAAUUUUUUUUUCUUUUACGUUACAUCUCUUCUUUAAAAUCAUGGGAUGCAGAAAGUACAGUGAAUGCAUGAAGUUGUUGUUUUGUAUGUUCUGAUUAUUUUCUUGCAUGGAAUUCUAUAUUUUGCCAUAUAUAUAAAUGUACACAAUUGAGCUUGUGCUCACAUUCUGUCUGUCUGUAAUCUUUUCAUAUUUCAACUUUCUUCUCCAGAAUCACUGAGUCAGUAUCAACCAUUUCAAACAUCCUUGGGUAAAGAGGAUUUAAAUAUUGUUCAAAUGAAGCGCCGUGCCCUCUUGAAACCAAAAAAAAAAAAUAACUGAACUGAAAAUAUUCUGGCUAUGACAGGACUGUUUCCAAACCCGAGGAAGUAUCGGUUUUCUUGAUAGCCAUAUAAAAAUCAGAUACUGGUGUUCCAAGUUUGUUCAAAUGCUUGACUCAAGAUAGCAUUGUAGUCUCUCAGUAGUUUUUCCCUCUGUCAAAUGAAACUUGGAGUAAAUUCAUUUUAACGGACACUUUAUAGCCUGUACACUUUGUCUUGUUGUUUACUGCUAUGAUACUCAUUAAACAAUAUUUGAUCUGUAAGAAAAUUUUGCAGGAACAUUUCAAAAAUGUUAUUAUCUGUAGAUAAUUUUAAUUAACUGGUAACAUGCAUUAGAUAAUUAAGAGUUCAUCUUAUUGUACAUUAAUACCUUAAAAGCAUAUUCAUAUUUACAUAAGGGCAUGUCAUAGCAUUUACUAAUCAUUUGAAAGAUACCCCAGGUAAAGAAAUAUUGUUUACUGCAGCAUAUUAUGAUUCACUACAAUUAAUUCAUAAUUUUCAGUAACUUACAGUUCAUUUUACAUGUAUAUUCACAUCUUAUAGGCUGCCUCCAUUGUUAUUAUUAUGUCACUUUAUACUGCAAGACAUCUCCCAAAGUGUAAAACAUAGUAUUUCACACUAUUUAUUAAAAACACUCAUUACUGAGUUGAAGCACGACUCUCCUUGUUGUAUAUACACACGUACAGGGCAUUUAUACUUCAAACUGUCAUCAUCAUUUUUUCCCCAAUCAGCUCUCCCAUGUUAAUGUCACACCUUUGUUCACAAUUUUCCGAGCUUUGACCUUGUGUUGAUUACAGUAAAUUUAAUACAAGUAUUUGGUUUAAUAUGUUGUUAACAGAAUUUAAAUUUUCAAUCCUGUAAAAGUCUAAACUGUGAAAACUUUUUAAACAACAAAUGCCUUGUUGAAAUUGACAUUAUAUCUACAAAUGUACAUAUUCAAUGAAUAAUACCACAAUAUGCAAAGUGAACCUUUUUCUCCCUAUUUUUGGGGUUUGUGUGUUAUAACUACAUAUUAUUUGGCAAGAUAUAGAUGUUUUGGAGAAAACUAGACAUUACUGUUGCUAUUUAUAGGUGUAAAUUAUUUAUUUCAGACUCUUGAUAUGAAAAAUAUUACUUUACAAAUGCAAAAAAAAAGAAUACCGUAAGAAUUAUCAUUUACCAAAAACUGUGAAGAAAUGUCAUUGUUUAAGUUUGUUGCAAAUUUAAGUUUUAUAAUCUAAGUUAUGUUACUGUUGAAACAUUUUUAUU